AUGAAUCGCAAGGGUUUCGACUUUCGGGGUUUACACUGGAGCUCUUCCACCAAAACACUAAACGACCAUUAUUUUGUUGUGCUGCUCUGCCCUAAUCUCACGACAUUGGCUUGUGACCGAACCGGAAGCCACGUGGUGGAAGCUAUGUGGUUAGCCACAGACGUUUGUUCCGAACCCAUGGUGGUGAAAGAGAAAAUGGCCGAACAACUUGUCGGUGCCCACCAGCGGUUGCGUUCGCAUCAGUAUGGCCAUUUUAUUGACUACAAGUUAAAUCUUGAGCUGUUUAUGAAUAACAAACCUCUUUGGCGUCGUCGCAUUCUCAAAUCAUAUGAAUCUAGUGUCCAGAAACGUCCCUCAGAUACAAUAUCAUCGAGACAUGGUAGAACCCAAAAGCAAGAAGAAGAAAAACCGUGUACAAAGCAAUCCAAAUUGUGA